AUGGGUGUAUUCACUGAUCAUCCUCAUACUGCAAUCACUGAGAAGAUAGACAAGAUCAUAGAGUCAGAUCUGGAACCGGAAAUCGAACUACCAGAGCUUUUAGGAACCAUAAAGAUACAAUAUUCAGGAGCAAUUGAAGCAGCAAGAGCUAUACGUAAAAAAUUAAAAUAUGGUGAAUUAAAUGAACAAUUGAAAAGUUUAGAUGUUUUAAAUGCUAUUGUGGCUAAUGGUGGUAAAAAUUUAGAAGAAUUAUAUAAUGAUAGAAAAUUAAUUGAAAGAUUAAGAUUAAGUGCAACAGAUCCACAAAUUAAUACAAAAUUAAGAAAAAAAAUCAUUUCAUAUGCAAUUUCAUGGAAUGAAAAUUUCUCUGAUAAAAAAUAUUAUUAUGGUAUUGCAGGUUUGAAAAAACAAAUCCCAUCAAAAACUUAUAGACGUAAGAAAUCAACAGUUUCAUCAACAUCUGGAAAUUUUAUGAAUGAUGAAGCUUAUGCUAGUGAUGAUGAUUCUAAUACUGCUGGUGUUGGAUCUUCAAAUGGUUCAAGAAGUGGUAAUAGAAGUGGAUCACAAAGUACAACUGCUGAUCCAAAUGUUAAAUAUAAAAUCCCAAAGAUUAAUUUACAAAAAGAAUCUCCAAAGAUUAAAUUAUUAAUUGCUGAAGCAUCAAAAGCAUCAAUUGAUUUAACAAAUUCAUUACAUGCAAUUAAUAGAUCAAAAGGUGAAAUUUCAACUGAUGAUGAAAGAUCAACUUUAUUAUUUGAAAAAUCAAGAAUUAUUAGAAGAAAAAUCUUGAGAUAUUUACAAUUAGUUGAUUCUGAAGAAUUUUUAGGUAGUUUAAUCCAUGCUAAUGAAGAAUUAGUCGCUGCAUUACAAAAAUUUAGUGAAUUAACAAAACCUGCAGAUCAUGAUUCAGAUGAUGAAAGUUUAAGUUCAUUUGAAUCUGAUUUAGAAUCUGUUACUGAUUCUUUAGCAAGUUCUAUGAUUGAUGAACAUGAUAAAAAAUUCCCAAAUUCUAAAAGAUCAGCUCCUUUACCACCUUCCAAAUUACAAAGAGAAGCCACUGCUGAAGGGAAUCCAUUUGGUGAUUCUAAUGAAGUUGAUGAAAGUGUUGAAUGGAAAUGA